AUGUCUUCUGUAUCAACCUUGCCAUAUAUAGGAAGUAAAAUUUCGUUAAUUUCAAACUCGGAAAUUAGAUAUGAAGGAAUUUUGUACACGAUAAAUACGCACGAGUCGACCGUUGCAUUGCAAAAUGUCAGAUCAUUUGGAACGGAGGGGAGAAGACAGCCGGACAUUCCACCAUCCAAUGAAAUUUACGAUUUUAUAAUAUUUAGAGGAAAAGAUAUAAAAGAUGUAACCGUGAGUGAAGCCGCGAAGACCAUUCCGGACGACCCAGCGAUCGUUUCCAUGAACAUAGCACCUUCGUCUAAAAAUAACUUAAGCGAUAAUAUAAAUUAUAACAACAAUGUGAGUAUGAACAAGCCGAUGAAGACUCAAAACAAUAUGAUGCAGCAACAAAAUGAUAGAAGUAUGAACAUGAAUAAUAGGCGAUAUUUUAAUAGGCAGAAUUACAAUUUUUACUAUAAUAAUAACCCCAACAAUAGCGGCCACAACCACAAUCACAACCACAACAGCAAUCACAACAACAGUUAUAAUAACAGCGGUAGAAAUUUUAACAAUUUUAAAUAUAAAAAUUUUAGGAAUUAUGAAAGACCCUACAUUAUCGGGGAGCUCGAGUCACAGCCGAACCCAGCCCUGAAAAGCAAAUUCAGCCCCGACUUUGACUUUAGCACAAACAAUCUAAAGUUUGAUAAAAGCACCAUACUGGACGAGAAGAAUAAAGACCCCCUAACGCUGAAUAACAAUAUUCAAGUAGGAGGGUAUGAUAAGAACUCCAGCUUUUUUGAUAACAUCAGUUGUGAAACGCUAGAUAAACAACAGGGUAAGGAUGAAAGAGUAGACCGGGAAAAAUUAAGAAUGUUAGAUGUAGACACCUUUGGAAUAGCUGCAGCGCACUAUCGAACCAGUGGACACAAUCGAAACAACAACAGGAAUAAAAUGAGAAACAAUAGAAAUAACAAAAUGAUGGGGAACUUUAACUACAACUAUUAUAAUAGAAGUCAGAACCCGUUUAACAGGUACCCUGCUUAUUAGUUUUUUUUUUUUUUUUUUUUUUUACAACUGCGGGGAGGCGCCUGCCUGUAUAGGUAGACACAGAUAUAUAUGUGUACACGUAUGCACACUUAUGUGCACACUUAUAUGCACUCGUUUCCCCCCGCACGCGCGUUGAGGUGCCUCCAUUUUAUUCGUUUUUUUCUAAUUAAUGUUUGUGCCAUUACAUGCGUAAUAAGCCAUUUAAUUCAUUUUAAAAGUUCCCACCGGUGUAGACGCACUUAUGCGGGCGUGCCUACCCGUAGAGAGAUGCGCCUUUACAUAAUGCACGUAGCCAAUUUUUCACGAAGACAAGCGGCCCCCCUGGUUAGAUCUUCAGAGUGACCUAAGGUGAACGUACAAGUUUGUUCCUGCGUUUGUGUGUUUAUGUGUGUACACUUUGACAUGCUUGCACGUGAGCUCGAGGGUGGGGGGUUGCAUGCAUGUGUGCACGUACGUGUG